CUAUCUUUACAGUAUUGAACACUGCAGUGUGGUAUUACACCUUACAAUUAUUUGCACUUCUUUGACAAUCUAAUCUUCGCACAACACUUUUCACUUUCCGCUUUUAUUUAGAUUAAUAAAAUCAAAUUUCAUCUCUGUAAAUAACCAUUUGAAUUUUUAAAAAUAACUGUUAAAUUAAUCCAAUUGUGACAAAUCAUGGAAGAAUUUCAUUCAGCCAAGUAAUUGUAUGCAACCUGCAAAACACCUAAACAAUACACAUACAUUAGUUCCAUUACGUACAGAAGCUAAAACGUAGUAUGAAUUUUAUUUCCAUAAAAUAAAACCAUGAGCCAAAUUCCUAAUUUCAGUAUCAAAUAAACAAAAUUUCAUAAAUUCUUCUUUUUAUCAAACUUGAAAUAAUGUAUCCUUUAUAAAUGGAAUGUUAACAGAAGUAACCAAUGGGAAUCAAAACAGAUCAGUAUACAAACACUAGCAAAACAUAUAUAAUUGAAUUCUUCCUGUUGAUCAUUAGAAUAAUGUAUUUUCAAUUAAACAUUGAGUCAGUUCUAUACUCAAUUAUGGAAAAAUUCAAAAGAACACUUAAUAUAUUUAUAAUGUUUCAGUGGGAAUAUCCCAUAAAAAGAUCUUUAUAUUCAUAUCAGAAAAUUAAUCAUUCAAUAAAUGGUUCUUUAAUUAAAAAAUCAUUUAUAAUAUCAAUGUUGGUGAGUUUGAUUCUGAUGGAAAUUUCAGCAAUUGUUACUCCACCUUUCUGGAUGCCUUCGGAGAGUUGGUCUAGUUGCUCUAAAGAAUGUGGUGAUGGUGUUGAAACACGUCGAUUUUUAUGUGUUCAAAAUGAUCAUUACAAUGCUACGACACUGUUAGAUGAAUCACAAUGUGAACAUUUACCUAAUCCAAGUGCACAGAAUACAGAAAAAAAUCAAAGAGCAUGUAAACUCGGUCCGUGCGGUAAAGGAUAUCGAUGGAGAGUAUCUAACUGGGGACAUUGUUCACAAACAUGUGGUGGACUUGGUAUAAUGUCUCGUGAUGUACAGUGUGUUUAUUCAGGCAAAGAUGGUGAUCUUGUGAUAUCAGAUUUCGAUGCAUCCUAUUAUUGUGGUAAUUAUCGACAACCUGAGAGACAUGCAUCGUGCAAUCGAUUUGCAUGUAAGCCUGAAUUUGUCCCCGAAAAAUGGGGUAAGUGUAUCCAAAGUGAUCCAUGUCGUCCAGGCAGACAAGUACGUCAAUUAUCGUGUAUUUCCGUACAAGUCAAUGGAUCACUUCGCGAACUGCCAAUGGCAGCUUGCUAUAUGACUGGGAAAACGAUUCAACCAACAUGGCGUCGAUGUUUUGAAGAAAGUUCAAGAAAAUGUGACAGCAAACCACCAAUGAUUAAUACUGACACUUUAACUAUUGUUCAGAUGAGAAAAGUGAAAGUGAUUGAUUUAAAAGUUGGCCAGCAAGCAUUCGUAAUACCAUUUACCCGUGUAACCGUACGAUGUCCUGUACAGUAUUUCACAGCACAAGAAUUACAAUGGGCUAAUCCAAACCAUGGAAUAUUAGCCUAUACAGGAGCAAUAUCUGAUAGGAUAAGGGUGGAUAAACGGGGAAGAUUACACAUACGAAGUUUCCGUCUCAUCGACGAAGGUGACUGGACGUGCAUAGCUGGUUCAAUGAACGCAACAGUCACGCUAACAGCUAGAACUCCGGCAGCAGGAUUCCACGAUUGGGUGCAAAGAAACAGAUUAUGGACCAAAGGUAUGCUUAGUGAUGAUCCUAAAGCAAUAGCUAUAAACCAUGAAAUUAUUCAAUGGGUUGUUGGACCAUGGAGUACAUGUUCUACAAGUUGUGGCCAAACUGGACAACAAUUUCGUGUAGUCAGAUGUGAAAAAGUUGAUAGUCGAUUCUAUCAAAUACUGAGUGAUCAAGUAUGCAUUGAUAAGCUAUUGCCAAAACCACCAAGUACACGAAAGUGUUUAGAAAGUAACAAAUGUCCAACAUGGUUCGUUGAAAACCGUGAUACAUCUGUUUGUACAGAUCGGUGUUUAGAUGUCGGUAAAGGUUCAAUUAGUGGUAAUUUAGUCUGUAUGAUUGGUGAGAGAACAGUCGCCACAAAAUAUUGCGAUAAAUUAGAUAAACCAAAUAUGGAAUGUGAAAACCCUAUAUGUCAACUACGAUGGAACGUUAGUAAUUGGUCUCAAUGCUCACGUUCAUGUGGUGGAGUUGGUGUUCAAGCUAGACACCUUCUGUGUACUUGGUCACAUAAUGGUGAAUUGGCAGGUUCAUUGUGUUAUUCCCAUCAACUUGCUAUUCCAGAUGUGAUACGAUCAUGCGAAGUACCUCCAUGUAAAUUAGGUUGUGUUGACAUGUCUAAACACUGUUCAAAGAGGGUAGAACUAUGCAAAUUUACAAUAUAUCGUUAUCAAUGCUGUGAAUCAUGUCAACGUUAUGUACAAAUGAUUUCAUCCGCAAAAGAUUCUUUGAAAAACUUUCAAAACGAGAAAUUCUCUAACAUAUUUUCUUAA